AUGAAGCGCCGAGGCCGCGCCGCCGCCUCGACGCUGCGGGCCGGGAGGAUGGCGAGCCCCCCCGGCGGCGGCGUCAAUUUUUGCCCCCGAUGUGGAAAGAAGGUAGAGGCAAUAUUUAUCUUCUGCCCUUCUUGUGGGAACCGGCUCCCUGCACCAGAAGAAGAACCUAUGCAGAUCACUCCCACUCCGUCACAGCAAGACCUCAGUCAGAAAGGCCUGGAUGAGCUUACUGUUGCAGUGAGGUCUCCUGUGAAGAGAAAAGUGGAAAUAUGCUUCCCAGACAAAGAAAAGGCUUCCGGUUCAGUGAAACCAAUCUCCCCUCAAAUCUCCAUGACUUCGAGGUCCCCAAAGGAGGCGACAAAAGCAAAGCCCAGUUCCCGCUCUCCCAAGAAGAACAAGACUGCUUCCAUGACCCCUCUCCCAGAGGGCGAGAUCCUGAUGGACCAGAGCGAAAAACGGUGGAAGCUUGUGAAACUUCUAAGCCAGUCUGACCUUGGGCUGAUGUACGAAGCUGAGUCGGCAUCUGGAGCCUGCCGUCAGAAGCAGAGGUUCUCUCUCAAACUGGAUACCAAAGACGGGCGGCUGUUCAACGAGCAGAACUUUCUGCAGCGAGCGGCAAAGAAAGCCACGGUGGAGAAGUGGAAGAAACAGCAUUCGGUACCAUUGCUGGGAAUCCCCAAUUGCAUUGGUUUUGGCCUCCAUGGUAGUAAGUACAGGUUCCUGGUCUUCUCUGACUUGGGCCGGUCCCUCCAGUCAGUCCUGGACGACUGCGCCAGCAAGCUGACGGAGAAAGCUGCCUUCCAGAUCGCGAUCAGGCUGCUGGACGUGCUAGAAUUCCUUCACGAGAACGAGUACUGCCACGGGGACAUCGCUGCCGAGAACAUAUACGUGAAUCCAGUGGAUCUUUCCGAGCUCACCCUGGCGGGCUACUGCUUUGCUUUCCGGUACUGCCCAGGGGGGAAGCAUGUGCCGCAGCGGGAGGACAGCAGGACCCCUCAUGAGGGCACGCUGGAAUUCAUCAGCCUGGAUAGCCACAAAGGAGCCGCACCCUCCCGUCGGAGCGAUCUGGAGUCGCUGGGUUAUUGCCUCGUGAAGUGGCUAUGCGGCUUCCUUCCGUGGUCUGAGGAAUUGGCCGAUCCCUGCGUAGUCAUGGAGAAGAAAGAGAGGUAUAAAGCUGAUAGGAUCAAGAAUCCCAAACUAUCCUGUGGCUGGAGAACAAUUCCAGAUGCCGUGCAGCGCUACCUCCUGCGGGUGGUUUCCCUGGACUAUGAAGAGAGGCCAGACUACGAAGAGCUCCGGCAGUUUCUGAGGAAGCCGCUCGAGCUGAUGAGAGCUUCUGCCUACGACUCGGUGGACCUCAAAGUGGUGCCCUAGGUCUGAGGAGCUCAGAGAAGAUGGGACGUGCAGGGUCACGGACCACUGGGAGGUCUUCACACUGGAGCAGCUAGGAAUGCAGUUUCCCACUGUGCUUUCUUCCU